AUGGUUUGGGUUUACCGCAAGCGUCCACAAGCUCACCGCUCCUGCAACAACUACGUGCGUCCAUCCAUUCCCGGUCUCCCAGUCCCAACCCCAACCCCCACGCCCUUAAUGUCCUCAUCCCCUGCGCUCCCCACUGCAGCGUCGCCUGCGCUGAAUGCGGCCGUCAGCCUCGGCCAGCAGAUUGGCCAGCACCAGCCGCAUCUCCAGCAGCCGCACCGCCCCAAGAUUGUCAACAAGCUCAUCGCUGGCGGUAUUGCUGGCAUUGUCGGUGUCUCGGUCAUCUUCCCGUUGGACUUGGUCAAGACCCGCCUCCAAAACCAAAAGAUGCUUCCUGGCAUGACCGAGCUGCCGUACAAGAGCGUCGGCGAUUGCUUCAGGAAGAUCAUCCGCACGGAAGGCGGCGUGCCCGGGUUGUACCGUGGCUUGAUCCCAAACCUCGUUGGCGUUGUGCCCGAGAAGGCCAUCAAGCUGGCCGUGAACGACUACUUGCGUGAGCUCUUCCAGGGCAACUCGCCCACCAUUCCACUCUGGAAGGAGAUGGCUGCGGGCGCAGGCGCUGGUCUUUGCCAGGUUGUUGCCACGGCGCCGAUGGAGCGGCUCAAGAUCCAAAUGCAGAUUGCUGGUGGCAACGUGUCCGCGUGGCAAAUCAUCAAGUCUCUCGGCUUCAAAGGCAUGUACAAGGGCACUGGCGCCACCUUGCUCCGCGAUGUGCCAUUCUCGUUCAUCUUCUUCCCCCUCAACCAGCAGCUCAAGCGUGCAUUCACUCCCGAAGGCCAAGCAAACGCCCCCUUCCCCCGCGUCUUGCUCGCUGGCUUGAUUGCCGGCAUGGUUGCUGCCGGCUCCGUGACCCCAUUGGAUGUUAUCAAGACCCGUAUCCAGACAGUACCCAAGCCCGGCGACCCCGUCUACCACGGCGUCCCCGACUGCGUUCGCCAAAUCGUGCGCAACGAGGGCUUUUCUGCGUUCUUCAAGGGUGCAGUACCCCGCAUGCUCAUCAUCUCGCCGCUGUUUGGCAUUGCGCUAUCCGUGUACGAGAUUCAACAGCGCUACUUUGGUUGAGCGUGGUUUGGUUGCAUGGAGUGAAAGUUUCUUGUUGGAUGGUUGGACGAUUAAAUCUUAUUGCUCGA